GUUUUGAUUUUAUUCACUUGAUGAAAUCGAAACCAGAACCGCGGCUGUCCGGAAGAAAACUUUUAAUUUUAAUUAAUAAAGCCAUCGCUUAGUGCAGCAAAAUGUCGUACCAGUUGUACCGGAACACAACGAUUGGCAAUACGCUGCAGGAAACGUUGGACGAGCUGAUUCAGUACGGUCAAAUUACUCCGGCUUUGGCGGUCCGGGUGCUGGUGCAGUUCGACAAAUCGAUCAAUUCGGCCCUAUCCAAUCGGGUAAAAUCGAGAGUUACCUUCAAAGCCGCCAAGCUGAACACGUACCGGUUCUGCGAUAAUGUGUGGACCCUGAUGUUGAACGACGUCGAGUUCCGGGAGGUGCACGAAUUCGCCAGAGUGGACAAGGUCAAGAUCGUGGCAUGCGAUGGCAAAAAUGUCAGCGUAAACGACGAUAUUGGCCGAACGGAUCGAUAGAGGCCUCCGGUGGGUAGCGAACAGCAUUUACGGACUCUGAAAUGUGUGGCUUUGCUCUUUCUUCUAUGUAUGUACGUUUCUGGGAUGUUCUUUUAGGUUUUAGUUGUAUGAAAAUAAAUAAAUAAAAUAAUGAUUACCUAAAGUAU